AUGGGCAAGCACAACAGCAAGCUGGCUCCGGAGGUUCUGGAGGACCUGACCAAGAGCACCGAAUUCAACGAGGCCGAGCUCAAGCAGUGGUACAAAGGCUUCCUCAAAGACUGUCCCUCUGGCAUCCUCAACCUGGAGGAGUUCCAGCAGCUCUAUGUUAAGUUUUUCCCGUACGGCGACGCUUCAAAGUUCGCCCAGCACGCGUUUCGGACAUUCGACAAGAACGGCGACGGCACGAUCGACUUCAGGGAGUUCAUCUGCGCCCUGUCCAUCACCUCCAGGGGCAGCUUCGAGCAGAAGCUCAACUGGGCCUUCAACAUGUACGACCUGGACGGGGACGGAAAGAUCACGCGCAUGGAGAUGCUGGAGAUCAUCGAGGCCAUCUACAAGAUGGUGGGCACCGUGAUCAUGAUGCGCAUGAACGAGGACGGGCUGACCCCGCAGCAGCGCGUGGACAAGAUCUUCUCCAAGAUGGACAAGGACCACAACGACGAGAUCUCCCUGGAGGAGUUCAAAGAGGCCGCCAAGUCCGACCCCUCCAUCGUCCUACUGCUGCAGUGUGACAUGCAGAAGUAG